ACUUCUGUCUGACGGGAGUCCGUGGAACUGCAGAACUGCGGUGUGUGUUCCAGGAAACUUCGAUACGCCCUUAAGGGCGCCUUCCAUGUUGCGAAUAGGGAAGCAUUUGUUAGAUUUAGCCUACCUGGGGUUUUUGGUUUUUGUGACUAAAACCGUAUUUAACCGUUUUUAAUUUGCCUACUGAGUGGUUCGUAAACUUUGUUUCUUUUAUUUUUACUUAUUGGAAGAGGCGAGGGACUGUUAAAAACAGUAAAAAGGACGUACAGGAUGUUUUCCACAUUUGUUAAGUGUCAGAUCAUCCUCACACUCAUCUGCCACGCAUUUUGUUACGAGCCCACAAAGGAGGACUUGAAGUGUUUUAAUGACUAUGAGACAGAAAUGAAAUGCAGUCUCUCCACUGACCGUCUCAAAAGCUGCUCUGGAUACAAGCUCAACAUCACACAUACAGAAUCCAAUAUGUUAGAAAGCAUGCACGCAUGUAUCUUUGAGAGAAGUCCUCACAGUGACAACUGUGAGUGCAAAAUUAAAGUGCAAGGGUUUGUUGUAACAGAGAUCUUCAGUACUACACUUCUGGAAGGAACAAAUGUUUUAUUAAGCAAAACAUUCCAGACUGAACACUUCAUCAAACCGAAAACUCCAGUCUUAUCAGUGCAAAAUACUGAAAAUGGAAACUUUAAUGUAUCUUGGGAUGACCAGUAUAAAAUAAGUGAUUUGGUAGGAAGAACUUUUUUGGAAUACUUGAGAAUAAAUCUGACCUAUGGCAUCAAAGGAGGACUUGAAAAUACAUCCAAGACAAUGCCGAACACUGUGGGAUCCUUUGAAAUUGUGGGCAAAAAUCUCCAGCCAAAUACCAACUACAUUCUGACAGCAACAAUGAGCACAGACUAUAAUGAUCAUCAUGUAUCUAGUGACCAGAGCGCACCAAUUGAGUUCACCACCUCCUCAUCCCCAAAUGAAAUAGCCAAAAUGGUGAUUCCACCUCUCUGUUUUGGUUUAAUCAUCAUCAUUUGUAUUAUCUUCUUCUGCAUUUUGAGAAUGAAGACGAACUGGUGGGACAAAAUCUCCAAGCCAAAAAUAGAUUCCAAAGUUGGAGAGGAGAAGGGUCAUAUUUUGCCUUCAUCUGUUAUGAAGUUCUCUCCAAUCCAUGUAGAGAUUCCAGAUCUAGACCUUCAGGACGAUAAGAAAUUGAUCUCAGCAUUAUUAGUAGAUACAAACAAUGAGAAAAGUUCCCACAGUGUUGAGUCAGCGCCAGUGGAUUACGGCCAGGCUGGCUCUGGUAGCCCUGAAGAGAACAUCAGCACCAUUAACAUCACAUCACGUGUCCAGCAUGCCUUGCAUGAGUUGUUCAAAUUACCUCCAAUCACAAACAACCCAUCAAUAUUAUCCUCCUACAAUCAGGUUACUACGAGCAGGUCAGACAAGAGUGUUAACGGUAUCAGUUCCUCAAGAGAACGCAACCGUGCAAGCCAAGAUUCGGGCAAUUGCUCUGGCUCAUCGGUUUUCAGCAAUAUGUCAUAUUUGGAAUCAGCCACGAGUGAUUCUUUAUUCCUGGAGCAGCUGAAGAGGGAAGUUUCAGACUCCUAUACAAGAGAUAGCCAGUUAAACUCUCCCACUAUUGAUACUCUGGAAGACGAAUAUCAGCAUGUCAGCAGUGUUUUGGAAAAGGGAAAUGAUGCAGAUGUUCGUGUGAACCUUUCAGAUGAAUCUUUCAUGAAAAAUCUCAUCACCAGCACAAAUCCACUCUAUCCUCCUUUGAUUCUGUAUGAUGGCAGCAUCACCCCAAGUGAUGAAGGAUAUCAGGCUUUUCAAGGCUUAAUAAAGAGCACAGAAGGACAGUUGAGCACGAGCGUCAGUACUGAACAAGCACUUAAUGCAUGUGGAGCUUUGAAAUUCCCCCAGAGCACUGGCCAAGAUCCUUGGGCCACUUCUUUGCAUUUUCCACCCAUUAUUCAAAUGGAAAGUUCAUAUCAGUGUGUUUAACUGUGCUCUAAAAGCAAAUGAUAAGUACAUGCCUGAAAAAUUGAAUUCAUUUUUGCAUGUAAUGUCAACAGUUACAAUGAAUCAUUCCUUUGAAAGUAUGACCAGUAAGAAGAACCAUGCAAACUUUGUCCAUUGUUUGUUUAGACGCAGAGCCAAGGUUUUGAACUUAGGUUGUGUCAGCUAUUUCUACAGAAAGAUGUUGAAAAGUGCCUUAAAAGGAUACGCCACCCAUUGAAAUGAUCUCAUGCCAUCCCAAAUGACUUUCUUCUGUGAAACACAAACAAAGCUUUUUAAAGGAAUAAUCCAUCUCAGUGAGUCUAUAUAAUGCAAGUUUAUCUUAGUAAAUGAUGAGAGAAUAUUCAUUUUUUGGUGGAGUAUCACUUUAAAUGCCUGUAGGGAUCAUGUACAGUAAUUAUUCUUGUUAUUCAUACUUCUAUAUUACUCUUAUGUAACACAAAAUGUCAAAUGUGAAACUGAGUCAAAUUUGCAAAUGCAAAUUUUAAAGGCAUGAUAACAAGACAGUUCUUAUUCUGUUUAACUAUGCUGUAAAAACAAAUAAUGGCUAUGUUUACAUUUUUAACUAUUGAUCUCUACAGUUGCAAUGAAUAAUUUCUUUGAAAAUAUUACCAGUAAUAAGAAACUUUGGAGGAUUCCCUCUUUCAACAAUAAGGGCUUAUACAGCGACUUAAAUACACUAGGAAGUCAUGUAUUAUUUUUCUUGGCAUUCACAUUUGGCAUUUGCUAAUGGCAUUAUUGCAUGGUCUGUGGCUUCAUUACAGGGCCUGUGCUUGCUGUCUCAGUCUGUAAAUUGAACUUGUGUUUUUCUGUAGGCUGUUUCAACAACAAAAAAAGAUAUUUGUAUAUAGGAUGCAUUUAAAUGUAGAUGACUCUGUAAUGUUUUUUUUGUUUUGCUAUCAUCAACAGGACAAUGGCUUGCUUCUCAAAAACUCCUCACAUCUCAUUAAGUUCACAGACAGUUAUUGUCAGCCCGUGUACAGUAACUGUGUUGUCAAACAGAUGAUUGGUAUGUGUAUGACACAUUUCAUUAUUUUUGUAUGUAAUCUAAAGUUGUUCCACCUACACUAUGGUAUUCUAACAAAAAUUAAAGCACUUCUCAAUAAGAGCAAUGUAAAUACAUGCCUUUGUUUCUGCAUUUGUAAAAUAAAACCUCAGAAAUUUGAAA